AUGGAGCCUAUCUUUGUACUCAGCUCAACAACAUACGUGCUUGUCGCGGUGCUUGCGGCCGUAGUAGUGACGGUCAUCGUAGACUACUACCGAAGUCGCUCUGUCACGGAUGUCAAAUCGGAUGGGCUCAAGGAUCUACCUGGUCCUAGAGCUUGGCCGAUUGUAGGCUCCCUACACCUAAUGGGGGGCUACGAGGUGCCGUACCAAGCGUUCGGCUCACUUGCUCGUCUAUACGGAAAAGUGUUCCGACUCCAUCUCGGCUCCCAGCCUGCUGUGGUGGUCAACGGACUGGACAAUAUCAGGGAAGUGCUAAUGGCAAAAGGAACACACUUCGAUGGACGACCAAACUUCCGCAGAUAUCAUCAGCUGUUCUGUGGCGACAAGGAGAACUCUCUAGCAUUCUGUGACUGGUCUGACCUGCAGAGGACUCGUCGGGAAAUGCUUCGUGCUCAUGUGUUCCCACGAGCCUUCACCUCCCGUUUCCACCACCUCGACUCCAUCAUCUCCCGGGAACUCAACGAGUUGAAAGCCCGCCUCUCCUCAGACCCGACCGAGAUCAAGCCACUCCUGAUGCCAGCGUGCGCUAACAUCUUCACCUCAUACUUCUGCAGCAAGCGGUUCGAUUUUGACAACCAAGACUUCAUGAGGAUGGUGAGGAACUUUGACGACGUCUUUUACGAGGUGAACCAAGGCUAUGCAGCAGAUUUCAUCCCAUGGCUGAUGCCUCUUCACUCCCGCCACCUCGCACAAAUGGCCCAAUGGAGUCAUCAGAUCAGAGAGUUUGUAGUUUCAUCCGUCAUUGAAAACCGAGCGGAAACUUGGAGUGAAGGACAAGAACAGGUGGACUAUGUUGACAGCCUCAUCGACCACAUUAAGGGUGAGCAGCAGCCAGAGAUGUCUUGGAACACGGCCCUCUUUGCUUUAGAAGACAUCAUCGGAGGUCACUCUGCUGUGGGGAACUUCAUCACUAAGAUCCUAGGGUUCAUCGCCACCCGGCCGGAGGUUCAGAGACGUAUCCAGGAGGAGGUGGACAGUGUGACGAUGAGAGCUAGGGAUGUAACAUUGGCCGACCGACCCAUCAUGCCUUACACUGAGGCAGUGAUCAUGGAGGUCAUAAGACUCAUUGCAUCUCCCAUCGUGCCUCACGUCGCCACACAGGACAGUUCUGUAGCUGGAUUCAGAAUAAAAAAAGACACUCUGAUCUUCCUCAACAACUACGAGCUCAGCAUGAGUCCAGACUUGUGGUCCGAGCCUGAGGCUUUCCAACCGGAGAGGUUCAUAUCCUCCGAUGGUCGACUGGUCAAACCGGAACACUUCCUUCCGUUCGGAGGCGGCCGGCGAUCCUGCAUGGGAUACAAGAUGGUACAACUGGUGUCUUUCUCAACUCUGGCCUCACUAUUGCAGUCCUUCAACAUCUUACCUGUGAAAGGUGACAACUACAAAGUGCCCAUUGGAAACCUGGCUCUUCCUUUCCACACUUUCAACUUCAAGUUCGAAAAGCGAUAAACUCAACAAAAUUCCUCCAAAAAUGAAAUUACAGUAGUAUGAUACCUUCGGUCUUUCAUUGUUGGC